GACUAAAGUGUAAAUGACCUUUGGUUUUCAACUGUUUGCUUUUUGUGUUACCUCCCUACUCUUGACAAUUGUAGUCGCUAAAAGUUUGCGCUCCACCUUUACUGUAAACUUAAUAUUAAGUAGUUUGGCUUUUUUGGGAGCCAUGAAGUUAAUACCUUCUAGCAAAUCCUUGUUCUUAAAAGCUAACUGCGUGGGAAUUGACGUGAAUAAACUAAACAAGCCACAAAUUCCAGAAAGUAUCGGACUGGUUGUAGCCUGCUGUUAUUUUAUUUGCAUGGGUUGUUUUUUACCAUUUCCCUUCAAGGAAUCCCCAGCUGGAAAUAAGGAGUUUUUUUAUUGUGAGUAUGUAGAAAUGGUUUGUGGAUUGCUUUCAAUAUGUUAUAUGGUCCUGCUUGGUUUUGUUGACGAUAUUUUAGAAUUACGUUGGCGGGAUAAACUGGUAUUACCAGCUAUCGCUACACUUCCACUUUUAUUGGUAUACCAUAAUAAUGGAGGUUCUACUUAUGUUAGUAUGCCGUCUUUAUUAAGACCUUGGUUUGGGGGAGCCGUUGAUUUAGGCUAUUUCUAUUACCUAUGUGUUUCGGUGAUGGGCGUAUUUUGCACUAAUGCCAUAAACAUUCUUUCCGGAGUUAACGGACUGGAGGCAGGCCAGUCGGAAAACAGGGCGCACUACGUUUCGCUUUUCUUCAUGAUGCCUUUUGUUUUUGUUACACUGGCGCUGACUUAUUAUAAUUGGUUUCCUGCAGAAGUUUUUGUUGGAGAUACCUUUUGCUAUUUUGCUGGGAUGACUUUUGCUGUGGCAGGUAUACUUGGGCACUUUACUAAAACUCUUUGGCUUUUUUUUAUCCCGCAGCUUUUAAAUUUCAUCUAUUCUGUGCCCCAAUUACUGCGCCUAAUUCCCUGCCCUCGUCAUCGGAUGCCCAGACUUGAUGAGAGCACGGGAAAGUUGAUAAAUAGCUUUACUUCUUUUAAGCCUCUUGAAUUAAGCCCAAGUGGGAGAUUUAUUUUUAAUGUCUUGAAAUUUUUAAGGCUCGCCAAAAUUAUCGAUGAUGGCAGCGGCCAUGUCAGAAUGAGCAAUCUCACUUUAAUUAAUUUCUUUAUAUACGUAUUUGGCAGCAAGAGGGAAGACAAGGUAACGGCUAGUCUUCUUUUAUUACAAGUCAUGUGCUCCUUUUUAGCAAUUUAUAUUCGUUAUGGCAUUUCUCCACCCAUUUUUGUUGUUGGGGAUUGA